AUGGAGUCCAAACCCUCUCACAGCAAGCCAGACGCCGAUGUCGAGGCCGAGGGUGAUCAAGCUAGAGACGAUGGUGAUCGUACGGGGCGCCAUGUGCGCAUUACCUUUGAGGAAUCAGAGGCCACCGACGUUGAAGCCACUGCCAUCGACAACAUGCGGUCCAUUUACCAACCUGCCGGCUUCAACCGUACUCAGUCCACCGGCCGGGAUACCAUCCGCAGUACUCGCAGCAGUGGCGCCACUGCCGUCGGAGCCAAUGCAGGCAUCCCCAUCGAAUUCCGCACUCUGUCCAUCCAGAUCUCCGAGUCUCAGACCGCACCCAAGGAGGUUCUGGCCGAAGAACCAAAGGAAAAACUACCGAACCAGGACUACUUUGAGAGUCUCGACUUCCAUACUUUGAGCCAGGAUUCGCUAUGCCAGCAGUUCAAUGUCGAUCCCCGCACUGGUCUGAGCAGCUCGGCUGCUGCCACACGCCUCGCUCGCGAUGGCAAGAACAUGAUCGCUCAGCACCGGGAGAAUUAUCUCAAGAAGCUCUUCUUUUACGUCUUUGGUGGCUUCUGCUCGAUUCUUUGGGUUGGUGUGAUCAUCUUCUUUAUCUGCUGGAAACCUCUCAGCAACCCGCCUUCGCCUACCAAUCUGGCUAUGGCUAUCUUGGUUAUCAUCGUCAUCGUCCUUCAAGCCACUUUCUCGGCCUUCCAAGACUGGUCGACGAAACGAGUGAUGAAUUCCAUUCUGAACCUUCUUCCCGCCGAGGCUCUCGUCAUGCGUGAUGAGAAGUUUAUCCGUCUCCCGGCUACAGAGCUAGUGACUGGCGACAUCAUCCAGAUCAACGUCGGUAACAAAGUUCCCGCUGAUAUGCGUCUUUUGAAGACCUCAGGUGACGUUCGCUUUGACCGUGCCAUUCUCACUGGCGAGUCGGACGAGAUUGACGGUGCCACCGAGGCCACCGAAGCCAACUUCUUGGAGACCCGCAAUAUCGCCCUCAUGGGAACUCUCGUCACCAAUGGCAACGCAACUGGUGUCGUCGUCAUGACUGGUGCACGAUCGGUUAUGGGCCGUAUCGCAAAGAUGACUGCCGGUGUCAAACAAAAGCCAACCUUGAUUCAAAAGGAAAUCAACCGCUUCGUUGCCAUCAUUAUUGGCCUGACCGUUUUCCUUGCUCUGUUGAUUCUACUCACCUGGGUGGGAUGGCUCCGCAAGGAUCACCCUACCUAUAUGAGUGUGGUGGCGAUGCUGAACAAUGUUAUGGGAUGUGUGGUGGCUUUCAUUCCCGAGGGUGUCCCUGUCGGAGUGGCUCUGACCUUGAUGAUGGUUGCCCGCCGUAUGAAACAGACCAGCAUUCUGCCCAAGGGUCUGGCUACUGUUGAGACUCUUGGCUGUGUCAAUGUCAUCUGCUCGGACAAGACGGGUACCUUGACGCAAAACCGCAUGUUUGUCAAGUCUCUCGGCAUGGUAGACUGGGAAUUCAGCAUCGACGACCUGGCGGGCGGCAUUGAGGUCUCUCAUGGACUGGCUAACGUCCUACGGGCCUCGGUCCUUUGCAACGAUGCCACAUUCGAUUCGGAGACUAUGGGCCUCCCUUCGUAUGAGCGCACCGUCAAUGGAAACGCUACCGAUGCAGCAGUUCUCCGCCUCGCUGAUCAUGUUGGUGCCGCCACUCCCAGGAACCUCGAGCCUUAUGAGCGUAUCCACCAGAUCCCCUUCAACUCAAAGAACAAGUGGAUGUUGACCAUGCACCGCGAUCCCACCACCACUAACCCGGGAUAUCUGAUCUACGUCAAGGGUGCUCCCGACGUACUUCUUCCUCGUUGCUCAACCUACUGGUCUGCCGUCCACAAUGCCGUGCGUCCACUCGACACCGAUGCCCGCGAGAAGUUUUCCGCUUUCCAGGCCAAGUUGUCUCGCCGCGCUGAACGUGUCAUUGUCAUCUGUCAACGUCGCUACAUCCCCGUUCACGAAGUUGGCUCCAACGGUUUCAGUGACGAGAUCAUUGACUCGGGUGUGCAGGACCUGACGGUACUUGGCAUUUUCGGUAUCAUUGAUCCUCCCCGUCCGGAGACUGCUAGUACUGUGGCUGCUUGCCGACGCGCCGGUAUCCGAUUCUUCAUGGUCACUGGUGACUUUGGCCUGACUGCUGCUGCUAUUGCCCGGGACAUUGGCAUCUUCGACGGGACUGCUGAGCCAGAUACCAUUGACGACCUGCGUGACUUUAGCGAUGAAGGCAAGGCCUCCCUCUCGCGCCACAGCCUGCUACUCGAGGGAACUAGUCUUUCGUCUUUGACUCAGGAUGAAUGGUCGACAGUGUGUGGCUAUGACGAGAUUGUCUUUGCUCGUACCAGCCCUGAACAGAAACUGCGCAUCGUCUCCGAAUUGCAGGCCAAGGGCAACUACGUUGCCGUGACCGGUGAUGGUGUCAACGACGCCCCGGCUCUGCGUGCUGCCAAUGUUGGUGUCGCCAUCGGCGGUGGUAGCGACGUGGCCAUUGAAGCAGCCGACCUAGUCCUCCUGGACCGUUUCGAUUCCAUCGUCGAAGCCAUCCGUCUGGGUCGUCUGGUCUUCCAGAACCUUCAAAAAGUCAUCGCCUACCUACUUCCCGCCGGUAGUUGGUCCGAGAUCUGGCCCGUGAUCAUGAACGUAUUCUUCGGUGUACCCUCCCCCUUGAGCUCCUUCCUCAUGAUCAUCAUCUGUGUCUUCACAGAUCUCUUCCUUUCCCUCUCCCUGAUCAUGGAAAAAGAAGAAUUCGACCUCCUCAGCAUCCCACCCCGCGACCCCAAAAAGGACCAUCUCAUCAACAUGCGCAUCUACGGCCAAUCAUACCUCUUCGUCGGUGUCAUGGAAGCUUUCAGCGCCCACGCAAUGUUCUUCCUUUACAUGUGGAAAGCAGCCGGUAUCCCCUUCUCAGACCUCGUCUUCGCUUUUGAAAAGUACACAGACGGGUUCCACGGGUACUCGCAAGACGAGCUCACCCACUUCAACAACGUCGGUCAAUGCGUCUACUUCGUCUCCCUGGUUAUCAUGCAAUGGGGAAAUAUUCUGUCUGUCCGCAGCAAGCGCAUGUCCCUACUUCAGGCUGAUCCUAUCCGUCCUGCGCGUCGGAACCCAUGGCUUCCACUGGCUAUGCUGAUUUCCCUUGUUAUCGCUAUCUUCGUCACUGAAGUCCCCGGCAUUCAGUCCCUCUUCGGAACAGCCUCUGUGCCUAUCCAGUACUGGUUCAUCCCGCUGGGUCUGGCACUUGGUAUCCUUGUUAUGGAUGAGCUGAGAAAGGUGUUGGUGCGCCAGUUCCCCAAGGGUCCUGUUGCGAGGAUUUCGUGGUAG